ACUUUAUUAUUAUUCUCUGUUUUGCUUUCAGCAAUUCUUAGAGCUGCUGAAAAGCAUGACUUCCUCUUCUGUUGUUGAUAAACCUCCGGUAAGACGGGUUGCUAUCUUCGGGGGAACUCAUGGCAAUGAGUUAUCAGGGGUAUUUUUGGUCAAGCACUGGCAAGAGAAUGGAGCUGAGAUUCAAAGACCAGGAAUGGAAGUGAAACCCUUUCUUACCAACCCAAGAGCUGUGAAGAAGUGUACUAGAUACAUUGACUGUGAUCUGAACCGUGUUUUUGACCCUGAUAAUCUUGGCAGGACAGUGGUGGAAGAUAUUCCAUAUGAAGUGAGAAGGGCUCAGGAAAUCAAUCAUAUAUUUGGCCCAAAAGGUAGUGAUGAUGCGUAUGACCUUAUUUUUGACCUUCACAACACCACUUCUAACAUGGGUGGUACCCUUAUUCUUGAAAACUCCAGGGAUGACUUUACAAUUCAAAUGUUUCAUUAUAUCAAGAACGCUCUGGCUCCAGAACGCUGUCCUGUUUUGCUGAUUGAACAUCCUAGCUUGAAAUACGCAACUACUCGAUCUGUAGCAAAACAUCCUGUUGGUGUGGAGGUGGGUCCCCAGCCACAAGGUGUUGUUAGAGCUGAUACUUUGGACAAAAUGAGGAGGAUUAUCAAACAUGGCCUUGAUUUUGUGGAACUUUUUAAUGAAGGAAAGGAAUUUCCACCAUGUACAAUUGAGGUUUUUAAAAUAAUGGAGAAAGUAGAUUAUCCCAGGAAUAAGAAUGAUGAAGUUAUUGCUAUUAUUCACCCUAAACUGCAGGAUCAAGACUGGCAGCCACUGAACGAUGGUGAUCCUCUAUUUUUGACUCUUGAUGGAGAAGUAAUUGCAUAUAAAGGGGACUGUACAGUCUAUCCCACAUUUAUUAACGAAGCUGCAUAUUAUGAAAAGAAGCAAGCUUUUGUAAAAACAGUAAAGAUGAAACUCACUGCAAAACACAUCAGAUCCUCAGUCUUAGAUGAGAACACUUCUUAAAAGCUUAUUAGAGAAUUUCAAUAUAAAAAGUGGAUUUCUUCUCUGUGAAAUUCAGUGUCACUCGGUAGUAAGUCA